AUGACAAUAUUCUUAAUUCUAAUCAUAUUAAUAAGUGUUGUGCAAGGCGAAUUGAAUCAUUUGAAUAUGACACUCAACUUCAAACAUGCGAUACCGUAUUAUAGAAAAGGCACCGAUUGCGAGACAUUCCGAAAACAUAUUAAACCGAGAACGUCGCUGGAAAUUUUGCACAUCGUGCAUUACGAUGAAUCAGUGCAUAUCGAUAGUAGGUGUAUCUACGAUGUUCUCAAAAAAAUUGAUUUCAUCAUUUUAAAGGAAGAGCCAAGCGUUUAUUUCUACAAUAACACUUUCAAGCGAUAUCCGCUCGAUUUCAAUAUUAUCCUUAAACCGCAAUUCAGGACGACAAUUGUGGAUGGCACCGCAAUCGUUAUCAGCGGCUAUAACAGAGAUUUCCGAAAACUCGGGCUUGCAAAUCAAAUCAGUUAUCAUUGGUGCAAUCGAGUUAUCGAUUUAGAUUACACGAAUCAUUCUGAAAUUGUUGCCAACAAUCCAGUGUUUUAUUACGAUAAAAGUCUCAGCAGAAUAUUGGAGAAGACAUUGGAACGCAAGUCGCCAUAUUUUCACAAUAAAUGCUCAACACCAUCAGGUAAUUAUUCAAAUUCGGCAAAUGAUGACGAGUUUUUGAUGCAAGACCGAAUUGUGAUAUCGAUUGCGUCGUGCCAUACGGUCUAUGGAAACUUGACAAUUGAUGAGAACUCAACGCUCGCCCGAUUCCAGCCAUUGGAAUAUCAUUUGCGCGUUUUGCACGGCACAAUUCAUGUGAGCAACGUGCACAACCCGAAAUUGAACUCGUUUCGUUAUUUGCGAUACGUCACAAGUUGCAAGAUGGUCCAUUCAUAA